UCGAGCGGGGACAUUUGGAGAUGUGCGCUCUUAUAGGUGGCGCAUGUUUCUAUCCAAUCAGACUUUGCCUACUGGUCAUUUUGCUGACGUUUUUACAGUCGAUUAAAUACAGGUUUUACUGGAGUAUAACUUGAAGUGUCUCGACCAAGGGCGCAGUGGUGAUUAUAUGGAUCAUCCCGUGUGGGGUUUAAAUCUACAAUCUUUUGGUUACCAGCUCAUAUAUAUUUAAUUACUAGGUCACACCAUCCCUCAUCGCUCCGGCUCAGGGUGUCUUUUGGAACAGGGAGCGCGCAACAGGACACCGGCGUUUCCAUUUACGCACGAAGAACCGCACUUUUUAACGCGUUAGACUGCUAUCGUUUUUGAUGAAUAUAACAAUGGGGCAUUUGAGCAACUCAUCUGCAUCUAUAAAUUCCACCGACCCCUUCGGCCGAGACGAAGAAGUCGCCAAAAUCGAGAUCGCGGUCCUGAGCGUCACGUUCGUCGUGGCCGUGAUCGGAAACUGCAGUGUCCUGGUGGCCAUCCACAACACGAAGAAAAAGAUUUCACGCAUGCAUCUGUUUAUUAAACACCUCAGCCUGGCCGACCUGGUAGUCGCGUUUUUCCAGGUGUUACCACAGUUAUGUUGGGAAAUAACAUUCCGUUUCUACGGACCGGACAUUCUGUGCCGGAUCGUGAAGCAUCUCCAAGUGAUGGGCAUGUUCGCAUCCGCCUAUAUGAUGGUUAUGAUGACACUAGACCGCUAUAUUGCCAUCUGUCACCCGCUGAAGACCCUCCAACAGUCCACGCGGAGGUCCCGCAUCAUGAUCGGCGGCACUUGGAUCAGCAGUCUGGUCCUCAGCACCCCUCAGUACUUCAUCUUCUCCCUCAGUGAGAUCCAGAACGGAUCUAAGGUGUACGACUGCUGGGCGCACUUCAUCCAGCCGUGGGGAGUCCAGACGUACAUCACCUGGAUCACAGUGGGGAUAUUCCUGUUCCCAGUGAUCAUAUUGAUGACCUGUUAUGGAUUCAUAUGUCACAGCAUCAGGAAGAACAUCAGAUGUAAAACUAAAAAGAUGCUGGCGGAUGGCGUGUGUAAGAGCGGGUUGAUGGGGAAGAACUCGGUCAGUAGUGUGAGCGUCAUAUCCAGAGCGAAACUGAGAACCGUCAAAAUGACUUUUGUGAUCGUUCUGGCUUAUAUCAUCUGCUGGGCGCCGUUUUUCAUCGUACAGAUGUGGUCGGUGUGGGACAAGAACUUCAGCUGGGUUGAUUCAGAGAAUACGGCCGUCACUCUGUCGGCGCUCCUCGCCAGUCUGAACAGCUGCUGUAACCCGUGGAUUUACAUGAUCUUUAGUGGGAAUCUCCUGCAUUAUUUCACCCACUGCUUUCCCUGCUGUCACAACUUCCCCCAGAGUUUCAGGAAAGAAGUUUUGGACAGCAGUAUACAGAGAAAGUCCCUAUUCACUAAAAUCACCAACCGUAGCCCGACCUGCAGCUCGGGCAACUGGAAAGAGUUUGACCAUUCCCUGAAAUCCGACAAGUCAACUUUAGCGGAAACGUGACACAGACGGCCCAUCAAUAUGAGAAUUUAUUGCUUGCCACUUUGAUGAGAAUCAUCUCACGGUAGCAUGAUGUGGGAUGCGGGUUUAAAGUGUUUUAUAAAACGGAUCGUUCCAGAACUGGACGCUGAUUGGGCAUUGAUUGGAACUCCUCCUAGAGCUUUGAAGCCACAUUCACCAAACUUGGCACAGAUCUUCAGAUUGUUUUGACUUAGCAUGCUGUGACUUUUCUAACUGACCGGAUUAAUGGUUUUCACACAACGGAGCAUCAAAAUCUGAAAAAUAUCUCAUUGACUUACAUUGACGGAAUGUUCAAAUCCAAAAAAAUCAUGCACCAAAAAAGUUUAAAAGUUGACAAGUCUGUUUAUUCACCCAUCCUAACUGUGCACAAUUAUAUGGUUAGUUAUGCUGGCUUGAAAAAGCCAAAAAGCCAACAAACACUUUAGGCUUAUACAGGUUUUUCCAAAAUCCCUUAACAAAGACCAAAAUUAUUAAAUGGAACUCCUUCCAGAACUUUCAAGCUACACCCACCAAAUUAGGUACAAACCUUCAGACUGUUCUAACUUAGCAUGCUGUGACUUUUGUAACUGAUCUGAGUUAUGGUUUUCACACAGCGGAUGAUCAUAUAUCCAACAAAUCUCAUUGACUUAUAUUGACGGAAUGUUCGAAUGCGAAAAAAUCCCAUUGAUUUGCAUUUAAACUUGAAAUCCGGCAUUCAGAUCUGACUUGCAUGCAAAUCUGAAAAAUCCCACUGACCUACAUUGACAGAAUUGCUCCAAAAAAUCCUUAAGAGAAAUUAAAAUAGAAACAUAUCAAAUUAAUGUGAAUAGCACGGCUCAGAUCGUUUGCUCUAGGGAGAAUUUGAUGAGAAAGUUCAUUUUGAGAUCUCUGACUUUAGUAUCUUGGCAAAUCAGAGAACAGUUUGAGGCAUUGUUGAUGUCUCUUUUGAAACUCAAGAGGAGACACAUGUGAGAUUACUGGGGUCUUUUUUCCAGGACGUCAUUGUUAUUAACUUCAUUGCUGUCUAGGCUGGCAUACUGUAGAGUGUUUCGCAAAAGAAAGAAAAAGUCAUACAGCUUUGGAACGACAUGACGUUGAGUAAAUGAUGAAAGAAUUACAAUUUUGGAGAGAGUUGUUCUUUUAAGUAUAGACAGUCCGUUGGGGAAGCCGAGGGAAAACGCAGUAAAUCUCAAAGGCACAAUGGUCCAUAAGGCAUUUCCUCUGAUAAGUGUCUACUUAAGCCUGAGGAUAGAUUUACUUUGUCCCCAAUUAUGGCCUUCUAGGGCCAAAACAAACCAGACACCUGCUGUCUGGGACAAAGCCCAUACCAUGCAUAUAUAAUUCACACAGGCUCAGUCACUGUAACCAAAAUAUAUCCGUUUCCAAAGAAUAAAUGAAUGUUGCACUAAAUAAAACAUAGGAAAUGGUCUGCUUUUUCAUAUAUUAUUGCAAUGUUGGUCAUUUACAGGCCGCACUGAGCAUUCUGGACAUUCUUCUCUUUUGUGGCAACAUAUUUGUCAUAUUAAGCAGUGGUUCUCAACUGGUUUUGCCCCAGGAUGCAGAUUUUACGUUGGACAUCAGUUGGAGACUUGACAAAGUACCAGAAUUGUUUGUUACAAAAGUAAACAAAAAUUCAUUAUAAACAAACAAUUUAUAAAUAUGUAUUUCAUUUCACAUAGUUUUGCUCAUUUUCAAGUUGACAUCAGUUUAAUUUGACAAGCUUCUACCAACUGACUGAUUAAUUAUGUAGCGUUUGAUUAGAUGAACGGCCUUUGACAUCAACAAUAAAAGAUAUAUAAAGUGAUUUUUAUUCCAUUUUAAAGCUAUCCUAACUAUGAACAUAUAUGUGGUUAGUUAUGUUGGCUUGAAAAAGCCAAAAAAGCCAAUGUACUGUUCUACACUUCAGGCUUAUUAAGGUUUUUCCAAAAUCCCUUAACCAAGACCAAAAUUAUUAAAUGGAUCUUAUCCUAGAGCUUCCAGCCUACAUCCACCAAUCUUGGCACAGACCUUCGGAUUGUUCUGACUUAGCGUUCAUUGAAUUUUUUAACUGAUCGGAGGUAUGGUUUUCACACAGCGGACGAUCAAAAAAAUAAAUAAAUAAAAAAAUCCCAUUGAUUUACAUUGUUAAAAUCCAAAAGAAUCAUGCACAGAAAAAGUUUAAGUUGAUAAGUUUAUUUAUUUAGCUAUUCUAACAUUGCACAAUUAUAUGGUUAGUUAUGUUGGCUUAAAAAAUCCAAAAAGCCAACACACACUUUAGGCUAAUUAGGAAGUUUCCAAAAUCCCUAAACCAAGACCAAAAAUAUUAAAUGAACCUUAUCCUAGAGCUUUCAAGCUACAACCACCAAACUUGGCACAACUCUUCAGAUUGUUCUGACUUGGCGUGCUGUGACUUUUUUUAACUGAUCGGACUUAUGGUAUCACACAGCCGACAAGCAAAAAUUCAAAAAAUCCCAUUACCUUACACUGAUGGAAUCUGUAAGGUCUGUUAAACCUUAAAACCUCAAGCAUUCAUUUUUAUUUAUUUUUUUUUACUUUCAGACCAAGCUUUGUCAAGCCAACAUCAACGUAUGUCCUAACAAACUUCACCUACUGUCGUUACAAUACAUUAUACUGUUUAGCAUUGUUUUCCCAUGCUGUCCGUGACCAUGUCAGAACAGAUCUGCAACCUAUUUUUGGAUUGUGACCCUCCAGUUGAGAACCACUGGAAUAAAUGAAUGUUUUCAAUGGACCAAGCAUGUAUCUACUGGCCUUUUGUCAGGUUUGCAUUUUUCCAGGUGUGUUAAUGUUAUUUUUGUACAUAUAUUGAGAUAUUAUAGCAGAAAAGGGUGUUUUGUUGUACAUAUUGACAUUUGUAAAUGCAUGCACAACUAUAAAAGAUGAUAAUAGUUGUCUUUAUAAUAUCAGAGGGUGUAUGUUUGUCUUGUAUUUGUUCAUUAAAGUAAAUAUUACUGAGAGUCUAAAAUGUUCAGCAUUGUUGUGCCAAUUUUACUGCCAACCUUAAAUAUGUUGCACCGCUCACGAAUGUCUCCAUGUAUUCAUGUGCCAAAUCUAAUAAAUCAAACU